AUGUUCAUCAACAACGAAUGGCACGAGUCCACGAGCGGGAAAAAGUUCGCCACCUACAACCCUUCAACGCUGGAACAAAUCUGCGAGGUGGAGGAAGGAGAUAAGCCCGACGUGGACAAGGCCGUGGAGGCCGCACACGCCGCCUUCCAGAGGGGCUCUGAUUGGGAAUCAAACCGCGACCUCCUGGUUUCUAGGUUGAUGAGGAUGUCUGAGGCUCAUGUCUGGUCCUUGCAGACCCUGGAGACCAUGGACACGGGCAAGCCGUUCCUUCACGCCUUUUUCAUUGACCUGGAGGGCUGCAUCAAAACCCUCCGCUACUUUGCGGGCUGGGCAGACAAGAUCCAGGGCCGGACCAUCCCCACAGAUGACAACGUUGUGUGUUUCACCCGGCAUGAGCCCAUAGGUGUGUGUGGGGCCAUCACUCCUUGGAACUUCCCUCUGCUGAUGCUGGUGUGGAAGUUGGCGCCGGCUCUGUGCUGUGGCAACACCAUCGUCGUGAAGCCGGCCGAACAGACGCCCCUCACCGCCCUCUACCUCGGCUCUCUGAUCAAAGAGGUCGGCUUCCCUCCGGGCGUGGUGAACAUCGUGCCCGGUUUCGGACCCACCGUGGGAGCCGCAAUGUCAUCCCACCCUCGGAUCAGCAAGAUCGCGUUCACUGGGUCCAUAGAGGUUGGCAAGCUGGUUAAAGAGGCCGCGUCUCGCAGCAACCUGAAGAGGGUGACGCUGGAACUCGGGGGGAAGAACCCCUGUAUCGUGUGUGCCGACGCCGACCUGGACUUGGCCGUGGAGUGCGCCCACCAGGGAAUAUUCUUCAACCAAGGCCAGUGCUGCACGGCCGCCUCCAGGGUGUUCGUGGAAGAGCAAGUGUACCCCGAGUUCGUCAGGAGGAGCGUGGAGCGCGCCAGGAAGCGGCCCGUCGGGGACCCCUUCGACGCCCGAACGGAACACGGGCCCCAGAUUGACCAAAACCAGUUCGACAAAAUCCUCGCGCUCAUCGAGAGCGGCAAGAAGGAGGGAGCCAAGCUGGAAUGUGGGGGCUCGGCCAUGGAAGACCGGGGGCUCUUCAUCAAGCCCACCGUCUUCUCGGAGGUCACUGACACCAUGCGGAUCGCCAAAGAGGAGAUUUUUGGGCCGGUGCAGCCGAUCCUGAAGUUCAAAACGAUCGAAGAAGUGAUCAGAAGAGCCAACAGCCUGGAAUAUGGGCUCACGGCGGCUGUAUUCACGAAGAACUUGGACAAAGCCCUGAAGCUGGCUUCCGCCUUGGAGUCUGGCACUGUCUGGAUCAACUGCUACAAUGCCAUCUACGCGCAGGCUCCGUUCGGUGGCUUUAAAAUGUCGGGAAACGGCCGAGAAUUAGGCGAGUACGCACUGUCGGAAUACACCGAAGUGAAAACAGUCACCAUCAAACUGGACGACAAGGACCCCUGAGGGGAAGGCGGGCUCUGUCCUCCGACGUCUGAAUGUGGCCCAUCCAUCCAACCUGCCGGAGAGAGAGCGACCUCGCUCACUCCCUGGCCCUCUCUCUCCUGGAGACCUUACGUCCCCUGGAUGGAUGGGAGAGAUUCUCAUUUCCUCCUCA